CAUGCUAAAAAAUUGGAAAUUAGAUGACAAAUUGGGUAGCUGUUUCAAAUGGUUCCCUACACCACUCUAUUGGGAGGAUGCUCAGGCUACUUGUAGAGCGUAUGGAGCUCAUCUCAUUGAGACUCUUUCGUAUGAAGAAGCUGAUAUAAAGUUUACAAAGGCAAAGCUAUUUGAUAAUACUAUCACUGAGUUUUGGAUAGGCCUUCGCAAGAAUAAGAACCAGGUCGUAUCGGGCGAUACUCUAGAGGACAAAGCCCUCUGGCAUGGGUCUGAUAGAGAAGCAACCCUAUCUGAGGGUUUUUGGUAUUAUAAUCAACCUAAUACGGAAUUAGGGGAUUGCACCUAUUUGAAAGAAAAUUCUAAUUUUAUAUACGACAAAUACUACUCUCUUGACUCUUGUAUUGCUAGAAAACCGUUUUUAUGUGAAGCAGAUGCCUGCUUAGAAGGCCAAUUCAGAUGCAAUGCUGGUAAUUGUAUCAAGAACUCCUAUAAGUGUGAUGGAAAGAAUGACUGCGGCGACGAUAGUGAUGAACUCGCCUGUCCAAAUACUUGUAAAUUUAUUGAAAAAGACCCCAGUAAAUCAAUUAUAAAGAGCAACUAUGCGGCUAGUGAAGAUUGUAUAUGGCUUCUGGAAACGGAAAUCGGAAAGAGGAUAAAAUUAGAUUUUACUAAACUUAUAACUGAGAAAGAUAGAGAUGUUGUUGAAGUAUGGAGUGGAGGAAGGUCUAUUUCUACUAGUAGUCUUUUAAGUAGAUACUCAGGAGAUAGAUCAAGCUCUUUACCAAGCGUAUAUAGCAAUAACAAUUUUCUUAUCAUUCGAUUCUAUAGCGAUUCUGCAAAACAAUUAGAUGGCUUUGAAGCCAAAUGGGCUUCUGUUGAUAGAGUAACAACUGGUUCGAGAGAGUUAAAAACCAAUGGAAUAUCGGAACUAACUUCACCUGAUUAUCCAAAUUUCUUAUUAGGUGGAUUAAGGGAAGAGUGGACUAUUGAAGUUGAAAAAUGGAAUGGAAUUAUUACUAUUGAGAAAGUUGAAAUUGAACUAGGAGCUGGAAAUUAUUUAAUUGUUAAAGAUGGUAAAGAAUCCGAAGCUGCUACUCUUGGAAUGUAUCAAGGAAAUUCUGGACCAAGUUACAUAACAAGCACCGGCCGAUUUUUAAAAUUAUACCUCAUUACUGGUAACAAACAAAAAGUUAAAGGAUUUAAAUUUACAUAUAAAGAAGGUUGUGAUAUUUCAAUUGAUUCUACUUCCGGUAUCAUUAUUUCACCUGGUUAUAAUGGAGCUACUACAACAUAUCCUCCAUCUCAAACAUGUUUGUGGAAUAUUACUUCUCCUGGUGGUUCGAAAUUAACUUUCCAAUUCGAUUCGAAAUCAAAACUUGCCAAAUAUGGACUUUCUGAUACGAUAAAGAUUUUCGACGACAUAAACAAUCCCACUCAAGUUGCUUCUAUAUCAAAAACUGAUCAGACAAUUGGCCCAACUUACGAGGCUACCUCUGGAUCGGCUUCUAUUGUAUUUACAACUGGGGCUGUUGAAGCUGGAAUAGGUUUUAAAGCGACAUUCUCGGGCGGUUGUGAGAAACCACAAUUUAACACCAAUACUCAAUCCACCGCUAUUAAUUUGGCUUUAAAAGGAAAAAUUACAGUUACUUGUAAAGAGGGUUAUGCAUUCACUCAAGAAGAACACCAACAAAAGACAUCUGUUGAAAUGAUUUGCGAAGUUAACGGGUGGAACGUUCACGCUAUACCAAACUGUGAAGCUGUGUCUUGUAAUAUACCUCCAGUUCUAAAUAAUGGAUACGUUAUCGAAUCAACUGGAAUUACAUUUGGAAAGACUGUAAAAUAUAAUUGUAGAAAUGGAUUUAGAAUGGUCGGUGAUGCAACAAUUACUUGUCAGAAAACUGGGCAGUGGACAAGCAAGCCAUCUUGUAUAGCAACAUCCUGCGAUGAUAAAUUCAGUAGUAGCAACUUUCCCGGAAAAAAAUUAGAAUCAGGGCAAGGAGAAGAUUACGGAUCUGUUUGGUCUUUCACUUGUUCACCUGGUCAGGAAUUAACUAUAUAUCCCACAGUAGUCUGUUUGGGAAACGAUUGGUCUUCAACAUCUAAUCUCGCAUGCUCAGACAUAAUUUGUAAAAUUCCAACCGUUGAUAAAGCUACAUUUACACCAAAUACUCCUCCUAAAGUCAAUGAAGAAAUAUCUGUUUCUUGCGCAACUGGAUACAAAAUAGAAGGCAAUUCCGUCAUGAAGUGUCUGGAAACUGGAAUUUUUAACGAAAUACCAAAAUGUAUUGAUGACAAUGAAUGCGAUAAUCCAGCAAAACAUAAAUGUACCGGUAAUGCCAUCUGUGUAAAUACGGAGGGAAGUCACGAAUGCGAAUGUCCAAGUGGUUAUCAAUUGACAGCAAAUAAAACAUCGUGCGAAGAUUUUAAUGAAUGUGAUGUGGGCAAUGGAGAUUGUGAUCAUAAAUGCUCAAAUUCUGAAGGAAGCUAUGAAUGUUCGUGCAACAACGGGUUUGUUCUUUUUGAUGAGGAUGGAAAGAAUGGUUUCUUCAUUCCAUCAGGAGAAACUGGUAGAGAAUCUUGGAAUAAAUUUCACUUGAAUCAUACUUGCAUACGCGUUCGAUGUCCUAUUUUCAAACCUGAUGAUCUUCCUAAUGGCGUUAUUCUUGGCCUCAAUAACCUACCAUCUUAUCAAGAUAAAGUAUAUAUAACAUGCGAUCUAGGUUAUCAGUUAGCAGCUAAUGAGCCAAAUUUUUUGACUUGCACCGCAUCGGGACAAUACGAUCGUUCUCCCCCACCAUGUUUAAGGGCAAACUGUACAAAACCAAAAAAAGAUCAAAAUAUUCAAGGUUAUUAUCCAACUGUUACGCAAUCGCAAGUUGCCUAUGGAGAAACUAUGGAUCUUAUAUGCAACAGACUAACAUUGAACGCAAAGAUCUAUUCAGAAAGGUGUGAAUAUGACUCAAGAACUCAUACCUAUGAAAUAGUCGCCGGCGUUGGUCGAAUUUGCGAUAAUGUUCUUGAUUGCGGUCGAUUGGAUAAGGUUGAAGGGGUUGAGCCAUUUUCCGUAACAACAGCAACUACGUUUGGUGGAGAGGCUGAUUUUGUUUGUAAAAAUUUGUUUACCCUUAAAGGAUCGCAAGUUCAAGUGACGACGACUGCUCUCCCACCUGGAAAACUCCAUUGCCGUGGACGUUUUUGGAAUUUAGGAGAUUUACGUUGUGAAGGUGACACUUGUUCCGAUCCUGGUACUCCUGCUGGAGGAAAACAAAUUGCUACCAGCUACACAGUCAACUCGGAUGCCAUAUUCACAUGUGAUCGACCUGGUUUUCAGCCAACAUUUCCCAAUAUAACAUGUAUAAGCGAUACAACGGUGAAAUGGAGUGGACCAAUCCCAACUUGCGAUGACGUUGAAGUACCAGUUUUUCAAAAUUGCCCAUCGAGUACAAUUUCUAUCGACAAGUUAAAGGCAGCAAACAUUCCGCAAGUUACAGCAACGGAUAAUUCUGGCCUUGUUAAAUCAUUCACAGUCAAUCCGAUUUGGUUUUCUUCUAAUGUAGCUCUUAAAGAAACUCUUGAUGUUACCUAUACAGCAGAAGAUCACGCUGGAAAUCAGGCAAAAUGUUCAUUUACAAUAAGAGUUAAAGAUGAUCAACCACCAUCUAUUUCUUGUCCAACCUCGUACGUCCAUAGAAUUACCGAAAAUAGGAUUGGCUAUAGUGUUACAGAUAAUAAUGCAGCUACCGCCACCGAUAAUCUUGGAACACCAACUAUUACGUACAAUCCUUCAACUAUUGAUUAUACAACGAAUGAUGCUCUUGAUAGAACCAACUAUGUGAUAUCUGCUACCGCAACAGAUUCCGAUGGAAAUUCGGCUAGUUGCAAAUAUAUGAUCACUGUUAUACCUGAAAAAUGUCAACUUUGGGCUAUUAAAGCACCGAAAGAUGGAUAUGCCGCAACACCUUGCGCUUUGAACCAAGGAACAGGAAUUGCCAGUUGUCGUUUCAGAUGCAACUCUGGUAAAGUUCCUCGACACAUUUCUCCAGCUGGAACAAAUAAUAUAGGUAGUUUCACUAUGGAGUAUAAAUGCGAUUCGACAAAAGUCGAUGCCGUUUGGAGUUGGGAAUACGAGAGUGGAAAAUUCUUGGACUAUGUUCCAGAUUGCCAAGACGCCAUUCCUGCAAGAUACUUGAUAGAGUAUGAUAUCACAUAUGAGGCAUCAACGUCUAUUCCAACAAACAAGAACUGUGAUCAACAUUACUCGAGUGAAAUGCAAAUUAGAGCUUCAAAUGAUACGAAUUUCUUAAAUGUAAUGAACAAGAGAUGCAGUGCAGUCUUAGAAAAUCUCUAUUCAUAUGAUCUAAGCUUUCAGUCCAAGUAUUUCAAUUACCAACAAACCUCAAGCGAUUCUGUAAAGUAUCAUCUCGGAUUCUUUGUCGGACCUAACAGUCUAUUAAAACUAUCUCAAGAUAUUUGUAAAUUUAUAAUACUUAUCAAUCUACAAUUAUCAUUUGACGAAUUCCCAACUGGAGAGAUACCAGCUACAAAUGACUGUCCACGACUUGUUCAGAGAAAUGAUACAGACUCUACUGUCAGCACAAGGAUAGAUAAUAAUUUUAUCUGCCCAAAAGGAGAGAAGCUCGUUUUAAGUUCUGCAAAAUUGAGUUUAUGCGUAAAGUGCGAUAAGGGCACUUAUUUCAAUGAAACUUCGAACGAUUGUCUACCUUGUCCGGCUGGUCAAUACCAGGAUGAGUUUGGUAGGAGUGAAUGUAAAAAGUGUGGCGAUGAUGAGUGGACUCCUUCCGAGGGUUCACUUACCCAGUCGGAUUGCAAACCUGCCUGUAAAACUUAUGGCAUGAUUUCUGCCACUAAAGUUGGACCCUGUGUAGAGUGUGCUGCAAAUUCAUACAUGAUUGACUCAUCUAAUUGCCAACCUUGUGACGGAUCUAAAAAAACUGAAGGCACCGGUAAAAGCUCUCCAGACGAUUGCAAAGAACCUUGCGCACUUGGUUUUUUCUCUAGGAAAACUGGUUUUACAGCUUGCGAAAAAUGUCCAGUAAAUUUUUAUUCGGAGGUAUCAGCUUCAACAACUUGUAAGGAAUGCGCCGGAACUGAGUAUACAGUGACUGACGAAUCAAAAAGUUCAUCUGAUUGCCUAGACGCUGUUGCGAAUUUGUGCAAUGGAGCAUUGGCUUGUAGCAAUCAGGGAACUUGUAGUGUUCAGAACCAUAAGAAAAUAUGCUCUUGCAACGCAGGUUACGAUGGAGAAUCCUGCGAAAAUCAAAUAAAUCAUUGUCUAUCUAGUCCUUGUUAUAACGGUGGUACUUGCAACGGAAAAGUUAACGGUUUUACAUGUUCCUGCCCAAAUGGAAUUACCGGCGAUCGAUGUGAAACUACAACCAAACGCUGUACAUCAACGACAUGCACAUUCGGAUUCUGCAAAGACAAUCCUUUCGAUACAGAAUGUCUCUGUCCACCAGGCUAUACAGGAUCAAGCUGCGAGCAAUCAUCGGAUAUUUGCGCAAAUAAUCCCUGUAAAAACAAUGGUGAAUGCAGAACAAGUGGUUCUAAAGGAGUUCAUAUUGAAUGUCAUUGCGACUUUUCUAGAUUCUUUGGAAAACGUUGCGAAUUUUCCAAAGAACCUUGUAGUAUAAAUCCAUGCUUAUACGGUGGAGUUUGCGAAAGCGUCGACGAAAUUGAAUACAAGUGUAAGUGCUCUCCAGGAUUUAGUGGUAAAAAUUGCGAAAUAGUACCACCUUGUACCCCUAAUAUUUGUGGAGAUUCUGGAAUAUGUAAAUUUGAUUUCAAAGUCCAUAAUCAUAUUUGCAUAUGCAAAGAGGGCUAUGUAGCCGCCAUCGGAGCUAAUAAUAAUACAUGGUUACAAAGUAUAACUGCUGCAUCUGUUGGACAAUGCGUCAAGAGUAACGCCUGUACAUCUAGCCCUUGUCAGAAUAAUGCUGUAUGUGAGCAAAAGAAUACUGGAGUGGGAUACGAGUGUAAAUGUAAACCAGGCUAUUCUGGUGGAAACUGUCAGAAUAAUAUUGAUGAAUGCGCAAUAAAACCGUGCGGAAGAUACGGCGAAAAAUGCGAAGAUCUUAUAGCAGACUAUAAGUGUACUUGUCAAACUGGCGUAACAGGAAAGAAUUGCGAUGGCUUUGAGGACAAAUGUGUUUCUAAUCCGUGUGAUCCAACUGGAACGAAUAGCACUAUAUUUGACAAUGGAUGCGAAAAGAUUUUGAACAGUUAUAUUUGCCACUGCAAAGAUGGAUUUGAAGGACAGGAUUGCGGGGUAAAUAUCAACGAUUGUCCUGGAAAUAUCUGUCGCCACGGUGGUGUCUGUAAAGAUUUAGUAAACGAUUGGCAAUGCGACUGUAAGUCAGGAUGGACUGGUAAAUUUUGCGAGACUCCAAAAGAUUUCUGUCAAGCUUCUCCCUGUACAAAUGGCGGAACGUGCUUUAAUUCAGAAAAUGGAUACUUCUGCUUAUGUAGGGCAGGCGAUCACGGAAAAACUUGUAAUGUAGACUCGAGAAUGUGCACUAAAGUUGAUGCUUGUAUUGACAAUGAUGCCACCUGUAGCGACAAUAACGAUGGUAGUGCAACUUGUACUUGUUCAAGAAACUAUAUCGGAGAGAGCUGUCACAUUAAGAGAGACUUUUGUAGUGGUUUAGGCAUCUGCUUGAAUGGAGGUCAAUGCUCCUAUACUAAGGGUGGCUUUUCCUGCAAUUGUCCCGAAGACUUUAGCGGUGAUAUUUGUGAGAUCAGUCACGACGAUUGUCAAGGAAAGACUUGCUUAUCCGCAGCGGCAACUUGCGUUGAUGGUGUUGGGGAUUACUUUUGCGAAUGUCCUUUGGGAAAAAUCGGAGACGACUGCAGUAGAGAUGCUGAUCGUAAUUUUGAACUUGUUUUCUCCUCUCCUACUCGAACGGCUAUGGCUUUCCAACGUUAUCCAUUUAUAUUAAAUGUAACUGAGUUUACAGUAAGCGUAGGAGCUAUUUUCGAUAUAGGAGAGAUCAGAGGGACCUUUCUUACUCUCUUUGGUUUAGAACAUCGCUAUCUUACUUCCGAUCGGAAAGAGAUAUUGAAAAUAAAUGAAAGAUCAGUAAAGACUACGUUGAACGGAAAAGAAAAGGAAUUUAAUUUCCCUAAUAACGCUCUAUUUAAUGAUGGUCUAUGGCAUUUUAUAGGCAUAAGUUGGACUGGUAGCACUGGUAAAUUAGAUAUUUAUAUUGACGGUCUCCUAAGAGAUACUCAAACCUUUGGAAAAGGCGCAGAAUUGCCUGAAUAUGGCCUAUUUGUUCUUGGAAGUGAAAUGGAUGCAACGGGACACAGACCAGUAGAAAAGUUUGGUUUUACUGGCGCACUUUCUCAAGUAACAAUGUGGAAUAGACCUCUAUCUUUGCAAGAAAUGAGAAAUGUUCUAUCGAAAACUUUAUUAACCCCUAAUCAACUUCCUAAGGAUUUCAUAUCAUUGUGGGAUAACUAUAUAUCAUCGGAAGGCGUUGAUACCCGUGAAUUUUGCUUUAGUCAACUAAAUUGCCAACAAAAUUUGAACGUUGACAAAACUCCACCCGUUAUUCUUAAUUGCCCUGCGGAACCAAUUGAAAAAUACGGAUCAAAAAGACACACUAUACUUUCAUGGGAUGAUUUAACCGCCAACGAAGUUAACUCUACAAUCAGUAUCAAACAUCCGAAAGAUAGACCUUUUGUUUGGGGAUAUUAUAGGAAUUUGGCUGUAGCUUCAGAUACAGCUGGGAAUAGAGGAACUUGUUUCUUCCAUGUUUUCGUUCAAUAUCAUCAACAAUGUUCAGCUCCAACAACCCCUAGUCAAGGAACCAUUUCAUGCAAAGAUUAUGGCCUCUUCUCAGCGUGUAAAUAUUCCGUACCAACUUGUGAUGAUGCUCAGAGAGCGGCAGCUUCCGAUCAUUUAAAUUCGGUUAUAUCAAGUCUCGAUACUAUCUGGAAGAGACCUGAUGGUAGUGGAGCAUUUUGUGGUACGACAGGCUGCGAUGCAUCAAACGUUCAAUUUGAGGCGAAAUGCCAAACAUCUAAGAGAAGGAGGAGAGCAACAGGAGCUAAAAUUGCAGUUACUGGCGUGCUUAGUGGCAGCAUACCUCCACUUGUUGAACGAAAGAAUCCAGAUGAUACCUUGUCGCCUGUAGAUGUCUUAAAACAAGAGCUAAUAGAUAAUUCUGCUGCACCAAUUCCUGGAAACAAUAAUGCAGUUCCAGAUUACAGUACUCUUAGUUUAGGUCCACAAGGAAUCUGCCCACCAGGACAAGUUGACUUUGGAAAAGGCUGCGUUGAAUGUAGUAGAGGAACUAAAGAAGACGGAGGCGUUUGCAAACCAUGUCCCAUAGGAGAAUACCAAGAUGAUCUUGCUCAAACAACCUGUAAACCUUGUCCAACUGGAACAACGGAACUAGCUGGUACAUCAAGUGUAAAUGACUGUCACGAAAAAUGUUCAUCUGGAAGAAUGUUCGAUAAAACUACAAGUCAAUGCGUUGAAUGUCCAAUCGGAUUUUAUCAGAAUGAAGAAGGUUCUUUCUUCUGUAAACCUUGCGAUUCCAUGAAAACAACCCUAGCAAAAGAAUCAAACAAUGUUAAUCAAUGUAUUGAUGUUUGUCCGGAUGGAGAAGAAAUGAUACCAGGUACUGCUACUCGCGAUUGUCGCAACUGUACAUACGGAUUCUACAGAAAAGCUGGAAUUGAAGAAAGCUGUACUAAAUGUCCCAUUGGUAAAACGACCCCAGAGUUAAGAUCGGUUACAGAAAGCCAAUGUACCCUUAUAUAUUGUUUGAUGGGACAACAACCUAAGUCAGCUACUGAAUGCGAAGACUGUCCUAAAGGUAGCUAUCAAGAUAAGGAGGGUUGGCCCAAGUGUAAAACCUGUCCAGAUGAUAAAGGAACAAUAGCUGAGGGCUCUACAAAAGAAUCUCAAUGUUUAAUAAAAUGUGAUGCCGGAAAGGAAAGUAAGAAUUCACAAUGUGUCGAUUGUGAAAUUAUUUCGUUUAAACCCAAGAGGGGAGUUGAAUCCUGCACGGAAUGUCCAACUGAAUUAAGAACUAGAGCACCAGGGUCUAAAUUUCCAGGCGACUGUGUCCUCAAGAGAUGUACCCUUGGAGAAAAAUUGAUAAAUUCCCAAGUGGAACCUGGUUCAUGUGAGAAAUGUCCUGAAGAUUUUUACCAAGACACAUUGUAUCAGACUACUUGUAAGGCAUGCCCAAACAAUAAAUUAACAAUUGGUAUAGGUAGUAAGAACGAAAGCGACUGUAUAGACGACUGUCCUAUUGGACAAGGAUUUAAUUUUGCAUCGAGAACUUGUGAACUUUGUGAUCAAGGGACGAUCAGAGUCAACGGAACGAAACCAGUAUGUACCCAGUGUUCAAGGCAUACUUAUCAAGAUGAAAGGGGGCAGCAGAGUUGCAAACCAUGUCCCAAUUCUAGACAGACAAAUUCGGAGGGUGCAAAAUUUGAAAGCGAUUGUCUUGACCCUUGCAAAGUAAGUAAACUUUGCCCAAAGGGUACUAAAUGCCAAUUUGUAAAUGGUAAAGUAAAUUGUCCAUGCGAAAUCAGCCACUAUGUUACCAACAACACAAAUAUUACUCAUCCAGAAUGCACUCAACUGUGUGGAAAUCCUGAAUAUUGCGUGAAUGGAAUUUGCGAUAGCAGCUAUGUUAAUGACGAAAUUCCACCUUGCAAAUGUAAUUCUGGUUGGGAAGGACCACGUUGUGAUAACUUGAAAAAAGAGGAUUCGUAUACUAAGUACAUUAUUGGAGGAUCUAUUGGUGGUGCUGUAUUCUUAAUCCUACUCUGUAUUGCCAUAGCAUACGCCGUGUAUAGGUCGAAUUAUAAGAACAAGAAAAAUGCUUUAGAUGAGAAAAAGUUUAAAGAAAACGAACCAGUAAUUGCACCAUCAGGUUUGCCUCAACACAAUCCAUCAAUGGCUACCCUAUCAAGGAUAGGACCAGGUACAAUUGGACAUACGAUGCCAUCCAUGUCUUAUUAUCCAACAUUUGCACGUUCAAGAGCAGAUGAUAUAUCUAUAGCAGGAUUUUCAGUGGCCAGUAAAUAUGUAUAUCACGAGGAUAUUGAUGAAACUCCUCUUAAACCAAUAAAUAACUCAACAUUACCUUUGGACCCUGAUUCCGAAGAAAAAAUGAGUACUAUUGAUUUCCCAGGACGAGGACCACCGCCACAAUACACUGAUACAAAUGGAUCCGCUAAAGCCAUAGUUAGAAAUUCAUAA